AUGGAGCGCAAGCUCUCCCAAAAGGCUGCACAGAUGCGCCAGCGUUUGUUUACUCGUCACAACCACUCCCGAGGCCGCGCGGCAACAAUGAUCACAGAUGCCCCAAGGCCUGUAUCCAGCGCAUCCAGCACUCGCUCCCGCUCAGCCACGACGCCCAUCCCAGCGCACCCAGCCAGACCAGACUCAGAUAGCACCGACACCGAGCCAACUCGCUUCUACCACUUCACCGACGUGCCAGGCUACUUCCGCCCCGCAACACCAUACAUCGACAGACAAGAUAUCGACGAGGAUCUCGUCGACAACGUGAAACACGCCUGCAGCCUCCUAGUCGAGAGCAUCGAGCGCGGCCUCCCCAUCUGGCCAUCCUUCCACACCGUUGAAAAGCCGCUGCAAAAAGACGGCUCCUUCAAAGCCCUCCCCCAGGAACAACGCCCCAUCUACCAAGGCGUCAUGGCCCAGCUAUCCCUCUCGCCCGUCGAAGUCAACCACCACCUCCCAUUCUACACCGAAACCUGGGACGGAACCACCCCCGACUCCCCACCCACUCCACCAAACGCCUACCAGACUUCCUCCUGUGCCAUGAGUCCCUCAGCAGGCACGGGCCGCUUCUACGGCACGCAAAGCAACCGCCGCUCAUCAAGAACGCACGCAGACGACGACGUCUUCCAAAUCAAGUGGAUCCGCCCAGCAUCGUACCAGGAAAAAAAUCCGCACCUUACCAGAGGCCGUGGCCGUGGCCGCGGCCACAGCUCCGCAACAUACGAGACUACAUCCGCCCACUCAAGAUCCUACUCCCGGCCCCGCUCGCGCUCGCGCUCCCGUUCCCGCUCCUCAAGCCCCGGCUUCUUCCCCUACAGUCCACCGCAGUUCGAAGGAACCUGUCGCUGGGACAGGGAUACUGCGCAGAUCGUCGAGUCGCCCGAUGACCGUAACGAGGCAUCCUACUUCCCCGCGCCGGGCGAUCACUGGGACCGCGAGGCUGUCGAAAUCAUGCGCUCCUUCAAUGAAGGCUGGGAGCCUAGUGGGACCCGCAUAGCGCUGCAUGUUCCUAAGACCUCGGCGCCGAAUACGGCUGUGCCUUUGACGGCUGGUGGUGCGCCUGUUCCUGUUCCUGGUCCUGGUCCUGCUCAGCGUCGCUUCUACAGCGCCAGUGGAAGGCCGACGACGUGCGCGGUCGUAAGACGACCUGAGGAUAGCAAGACUCGUGACUGGGAUGCGUUCGAGGUCCAGGGGAAGCGGGAUUCGGCGCUGUAUCGCAGUUUGUCCAUGAGUAAUGUUUCGAGUGAGGAGGAGAAGGGGCCUCGGGGAUUUUCUUAUCCUGUUUGCGCUGAUCAGAAUGGGAAUUCGCUUGAUUCUAAGUCUUUUCGGCGGGGUGAGAUGCCGUUUUAUGAUGUUGGGGCUCAGAUUGAGAAUGAGGGUCCUGGGCGGCAUCGGAGGAAACGAGCUUCGGAGUUGCUGAAGAAGUUGACUGGGUUGGGGAUGCGGCGGAAGGAGACUGGUGGACUUGCUGUUGAUUGA